AUGACUAGAAGGAAGAUACGACUUGCAUGGAUCGAAAACGAGACAGCAAGAAAAGCUAGCUUCAAGAAGAGGAGAGCGGGGCUAUUGAAGAAGAUGAAAGAGCUCACAACCCUUUGUGGGGUUAGUGCUUUCAUCAUCAUCAAUGGUCCCGGCGAGUCUGGUCCUCCGGCGAUCUGGCCGUCUGUGGAGGAGGCGCGUGAGCUCUACCAGCGAUUUAGGAGUGUGCCUGACGUCGAGAGGUGCAAGAAGAUGGUGAAUCAGGAGAGUUACCUCCGAGAGAGGUCGGGGAAAAUGGCGGAACAGAUUCGGAGGCAGCAUCGGCAGAACAUAGAGAACAUGACGUCGUACAUCAUAGCCCAGAUCUUUGGCCAUGGUAGGGCAGUGACUGAGUUCGAGCCGAAUGAAGUCAACAUUGUCGUUUGGGUGAUGAAUGAUAAGUUGAAGGAGCUGAAGACGAAGAUCCAGUUUUACGAUCAGACUGUUGGUAAUCAGCCACCCGGAAGCUCGUCUAAUCUUCCUCCGCCGCUCAUUCCCAACGAGGAUAUUGUCAUGACUCCUGCUCCGAUCAAAGAGAAUCGACCCCCUUGGGAGUCUUUUUUCUCAGGGAUCCUGAACAAUAUUCAUACUACUACUAAUAAUAAUAAUAUCAUUAAUGUCGUUAAAGCUAACAACAACAACAACAAUAAUAAUAAUCAUCUAAUAAUAAAUAAUGUUGUAACAGGGGUGGAUCAGGGUCCUAGUGUUGGGAUGCAAGUACCAGAUCGUGGUCAGUAUUUUGUUGGGGGUACUAGUAACGGUUCUACUUCUUUGAAUGUUGUUGCUAAUAAUGUUGUUUAUCCUAAUUAUUAUGGUGCAGGGAGUAGUAGUAGUGGUACUGCUACUACUGGAAAUGUUCAUGGGUUUCAGGCUCACCCAUAUGUGAUGAAUAAUCAAAAUUUAUUUUGCCAUGCUGGAGGUAGCAAUAUUAAUGCUAUCUCUAAUGACCAAAUGGGUUUGGUUAAUGUUGGGCAAUUUGGAUCUGGGACUGGGAGAGGAAAUCCAAUCAUCAUCAAUGGUGGUCGUGCUAACAAUAUGGGUUUCGCUCCUUAUCGUCAACAAGAGGUGAUGAAUCUUGGAGGAAGUGGCACUACAACUCAGCCAAACACUAAUUUAGGGCACAUCAAUCUUGGACUUGGUGGAGUUAAUAAUAAUUUUGAAAAUGUGGGAUUUGGAGUGCAAUCUGGUCAAGGCGAUAUUAUGAUGGCAGAAAAUUACAACAAUGGAAGCUUUGCUACUAAUGUUACUAGAAAUGAUAUUGCUGCUGGAAAGAGGCCAUGGUUUGGGGCAGACAGUGGCAACAGUGCUGGAAAUGAUAGCUGUCUCUUUGAUUUCAAUAAGAACUGGCCAGGUCCCUCUAAUUGA